AUGCCUCUUUCGAAUCGCCGUCGCGCGCGGCGCAAGGAAAUCCAACUUCAAGAGACUUCAGAUGCAGAGGCGCCGGAUUCAUCGCCCACGCGACCUUCGAACAAGAAGCGCAAGGUCGAUAACCGAGCGUCUCCCCAGCCUCCUCGACCUGUGAAAGCCGAGUCUGCGGACGAGGCGGAUGGUUCGUCUCCCGAUCGUGAUUUGUCUGAGAACCAAGAUCUAGUGGAUUUGGUCAUUUCGUAUCUCCCAGUCUCCCGUGAACCUCUCCGCGUCCAGCGAGACCAUUCCAACGCAAAUACCGAGAACAAGCAAAGCAUCCGCGCAUACGCCAAGAUCGCCGGCAGAAACUGGACGUACUACGUGAAGUCGCUUCAUGUCAACAUCGGACGAGAGCCUGAUCGCGAACCGAAGCUAGAUGAACAGUCGAGUCCCGUCACAAUCGCCGCACGAGCGCUGCCGGAAGUUCACGUUGAUCUAGGCCCCAGCAAGUUCGUGUCGCGCCUCCACGCGGAGAUUUUCUAUGAUGGCGAGAACACUGCAUCGUGGCACAUCCGCGUCAACGGUCGCAACGGCGUCCGUUUGAACCAGGCGAUUCUGAAACGCGGCACCGAUGCUGUUCUUUCGUGCGGCGACAUUAUCGAGAUUGCCAACACGUCGAUGAUGUUUGUCACUCCCGGGGAUAAAGCAAAAAUUCACCCCAGCUUCGUCGAGCGCGCACAACGGAUGGCCAACGGCGAAGAAGAUCCAGCUUGGGAUGCUUCCCAUCAUGCGCACCCCCAGCAGACGCCAACGAUCCCCAAGACCCAAGAGGUUGUACCACACUCGACCGGCGCUCCUUCGCUAGCACCUGCUCCGCAGUUCCUCAAACGUCAAGUCACACCGCCGCCGCGAUCGCCAGACACAGUCGGGGCGCGAACCGCCAAGCAGUCGCCCUUGUAUAAUCGCGGAAUGAUGAUGGAGAGCACCGAGGAAAUCGACUACAGCAAAGAUUCCGCCAAGGAUUUGAAGCCGCCGUACAGUUAUGCGACUCUCAUUGCACAGGCGAUCUUUUCGAGUGAAGAGGAGAAGCUGACGCUCAACAACAUAUACAACUGGAUCAUGGACAAGUACGCAUUCUACCGACAUUCGCAAAGUGGCUGGCAGAACUCGAUCCGGCAUAAUCUUUCGUUGAACAAAGCGUUCCAAAAAGUUCCCCGUCGGACGGACGAGCCGGGUAAGGGUAUGAAGUGGCAGAUUGCCGCGGAAUAUCGUGAGGAAUACUGGAAGAAGCAGCUUCGCAAGGGCGCCCAAUCGUCGGCUCCGUCGUCACCAGCGACGAAGGACCCCACGCGAGGUACCGCCACCAGCGGGAUGGAAUCUGUCUUCUCCGCUGGUAAGAAGUCGCCCCCUGUCUCUUCGCCUAGUUUCAGCUCGUUUCCCGUGGCGCCUGUGGAGGCGUACACGCCUGAACGCGGAUCGCGCGCUGGCCGGAAUGGUGCAAUAGAGCCCCCUUCGCUUCGGCCGCCGAACCCGCGCGACUAUGAAGAGCCGUCGCCGUUACCCCACCGGUCCGCAACGAAGAACGCAACUGGCCUUAGCCGGGCGUACGGGCUCUCAGAUGCAGCUACCCGGUCGCCGCCAGUGCUAUCGUCGUCGUAUUACGACGAUGGUCCGUCUUCUAUGAUCACGCCCGCACCACAACGCCAUCAGCCCCGGCUCCCGCCUCCAAGCACUGCUCAGAUUCCGUCCAAGUUCAUGCCAAUGAGCUCACCCGCGCAGUUCUGGAAGUUCGCCGACAUCGGGAGUACGCCUGCCCGUCCAAUUGCUGAUAUGAGUCCUUUGAAGGGGGAUCCCGGUGAUGUGCUUGGCAAUAUCCCAAGCAGUAGUCCACCGCCGCCAAACCUCGUCAGCCCAAGUAAGCCAGGUACAGCUAAUGGUGCGGGAUUGGGCCGGCCGCUCUCAGCCCGGCGAGAGGAUGGACCAGGCACAAACGGCGUGGAUGGGCGCCAACCACCCGCGGAGGAAGAUGACGGGGAUGAUGAUGAUGAUGCUGAUAAUGGAGGGUUCGACCUCGCAAGGGGCUUCCAACCGAUCGGAUCGUAUCACCGACAGCUCAACAAUGCCGCAGCCCGCGCCAGUACCGCGACCACUUAG